AACCAUCUGAAAGAAGAAUAAUAGGUAUUUAUGGUGAAAAAUGUUCCAGUUUAGGAAUUGUAAUUCAAAUUCCUAUAAAAAUAAGAAACAUGAUUAUAGCAGUUGAUAUAAAAGUUAUUGACAAAUCUGAAUACUCUCUAGUUCUUGAUACUGACUAA